AUGCGUCUUAGAACUGUUUUUAAUUGCGUCUGGACGCGUUUUGUUGUGAGACCGCGUUUUAAAGUGCUUGGAGCUAUAAUUCUUGUUUUUUUUAUCAUUAUACUUGUUAAAGUUAAUAGCAAAGUUGACAGACUUCUAGACAAGCACAAUGGACCAGAAGCCAAUGCAAAAACACGACAACAAUCACCAAACGCGUUCUUAUCCGGAGCGAUUCGUAUUGAGGACGCAAUGAAUCAUCUUAAUGAACUACAACGCAUUGCUACAGCUUCGAAUGGGACUCGUGCUUUUGAUGCACCUGGAUUCAAUGCAACAAUAGACUAUAUUACAAACUAUCUUAAUGCCAAUACUAAUUACAAAGUAACAAAGUCAUUUUUCUCUGUGACAGGCUUUGCACUUGCAAACGAUCCAGUCUUGAUAUCAUCGAUUAAUGGCAUUACAAAAAAUUAUACUUAUUCCGCUGAAUCUUCUACUGCCGACUUUUAUCACGCUGUAUAUUCUACAUCAGUCAGCAUUACCGAUUUUACUCAGCUAACAGCUGUACCAAAUGGAGGUUGUUCAGAUGAUGAUUGGCAAGAAACAAAUCCAUCUCCUGCCGAUCGCGUAGCGUUAGUCAAACGUGGAAUCUGUUCCUUUCGAGGGAAAAUUGCACCUGCUACGAAAUACAAUGCAAAAGCUGUAUUGUUAUAUAAUGAUGGUACAUCACCCGAUCGUGUUUCACCUAUAGAAAUUACUUUUACGCAAGAGAACACUAUACCUAUUCUCUUUCUCUCAUUUACUGUUGGCCAAGCACUUUUAAAUAGUACUCAAAAUGCACCAAGAAAUACUCGUGUAAAAUUACUUAUUGAAACGAAAGAUUUAUCUGACAUUCUUGUAGGAAAUAUUUGUGCUGAUACACCUUCAGGUGAUAUUACUCAAACCAUCAUUAUUGGUAGUCAUUCUGACAGUGGUCCUGAAGGUCCAGGUAUCAAUGAUAAUGGUAGUGGUAGUGCAGCUAAUCUUGCACUCGCUGUGGCACUUGCUCGUCUCUUUCAAACAUCUACAUAUCCAAAAUAUAAAUAUCGUAUUCGAUUCUGUUGGUGGGGUGCAGAAGAAAUAGGUCUUCUCGGAUCAGAUUAUCAUGUCAAUCAAGCUAAAAAUACAUCGAUUGUUGGUGAGCGUUUAUCUGAUUAUUUGAUUCAUCUUAAUUAUGAUAUGCUUGGUUCACCUAAUUAUAUCUUUGGUAUUUAUGAUGCUAGUACAGCUAUGAAUGAUACUCCAUCACAAGCUCUUUCAGGUAGUAAGAAGAUUUCAACUCUUUUCAAAAAUUGGUUUAUUCAACAAAAUCUUCCUUGGGACUAUAUUGACGUUAGUAGUCGAAGUGAUUGUGGUCCCUUUCUAGCAGAAGGUAUUGUUGUUGGUGGACUAUUUUCUGGUGCAGAUGAUGCGAAAACAGUUGAGCAACGUAAUCGUUAUAAUCAUAUUCUUGGUCAAAGUAUGGGUGGUAUUCCAGAUAUUCCCGAAGAUCCAUGUUAUCACAAAGCAUGUGAUUCUAUUGAGAAUAUCAACAUAUUUGUAUAUGAAAAGAUGAUAAAAGCUGCUGCAUAUGCUCUUGAAUUUCUUGGUCGACAGGAAGAUUUAAGAACAUGGCUUUAUCCAUCUACUGAAAUACAAUGA